AUGCCUUCUCUUGCAGACUUGGGAGUCAUGGACCAUAUGAGCAGGUCAGAUGAUGACAUGGAUGACAACUCGUCAACAUGCUCCUACUACUCUCUUUCCGAGGUAGAGGACAUGUCAUUCGGGAAGAUCCCUGCGCAUCAAGUCCGAAAGCAAAGCGAACAAGUCCCUGAGUUCAGUCAUUUCUCUACAUAUCCCCAUACUUUCCGCAACAGCGAGGCACUGCCACUUAAGGUACCUGGCCCUUGGUUGGAGUAUCCUCUGUGUCUCAAUGGCAGUUACAAACAUUCAACGGAAGGGCCUGGACCAGCGCGAGUUAUUAUCAACCCGUCUGUCCCUGGUGGACAUGACGUUAUUUAUCAUCCCACAAAGUGGGAAGGGAGGUUUCUUCAGGCCAAGUACCGACCUAAAGGGUACAGAGCAAGGAUCUCUGGAUGUACGGCUAUGCCAACUAUACCCUCACCUCCAUCUUCACCUCUUUUAUCACCAUCUCUUCCUCUCUCGCCAUCUUUUUUCUCUCCACCUGUUAGUCCAGGUUUUUACGGAGCAUCUCAUGGGUUGAUCCAGAUGACACCUCAACAAGCGUUUGCCUUGGCAGCGCAGCAACAAUACGUUGCAUGGCAGCAACAGAGCCUGAUGGCCAGUUGCAUGUACCCACAGGUCAUGGGUUACAAUGGAGUUGUACGCGGUCAAUCUUUGCUGGAGUUUUAA